AUGUUAAAGUACUUUCAUGAUUUAUCUGAUGAAUACGCCAAAAGUACAUACAACCCUCAAACCAUGGCUGAGUGCAUCUAGGGUUUGUAUGAGUAUCUGAAAUAGGAAAAGAAUGAAGAUCAAUUCGUCAUCAACAAUGGAGGGAUAAAACUCAUCCAUCAAUCUUAAUGGCACUUCGAAAAGUAAUACUCAAUCUGUUUAACAUUCAAUCCUCAAGGAGAUGGAACACUCUUCUAAUUUUCAUCCUCUCAUGUCGAUGGCAAAAGAAUAAUCGCCAAUGGAGUUCAUUGUUAUAUAAUGGCUGGUGUAGUGUUCUAUAAGAAUGUGUACCAGAGAUUCAAUCUAGAGAAGGUUAUUGUAGAGGAUAACUCCUCCAAUAAUAAGUUGGGGGACGCCAUCAUGAAUGGAUGGAACGAACUAAUUAUUUCACAUGAAUGUGGAAAACUAUAUUCCAGACCAAAGUUUAUAUAUUCAAUUAAUCAGAAAAAAAACACAUUGCAGAUUGAAUAUCCCAAAAUCAGGAAUCAAAAUCUGGAGAUUCUCUACUUCCAACACAUUUAGUGCAAGGUCAAAGAGAUCUCCGUUUAUAGUGAAGUCGUGGAUCUCCAUCUGAAAUCCCCCUUUUAUCAAAUCUACCCAUUGUACGAUCCUCACCAAACCAAAAGAGUCAAAGACCGAAUCCAGAAUGUGGUCUAUGAACUCCAAGGCGACACCAAAAUGACAUCCUCAUUGUAAAAGUAUGAUUUUGUAGAAUACGGUGGUAUCAAAAUAUUAAUUCCACUCUUCAAUCUAAUUCAAUAUUAUGAUCACUCUAAAAUUGAUGACUUAUUCCAAAUCCUACUCUACACUCUAUUACAGGAUAGUCAGAUCAACAAGAAUCAAAUUACUGAUAUGAAACUAUUCCAAUAGAUAGCCUAAAUUAUCAUGGUGGACAUCCCUAAUCUCACUUAAAUUUUACAAAUCAAACAACAAGUGGAGGAUUAAGACAUAUUGAAUCAGCUCUUGCUAUUGAUUAUUGAUGUCAAUUUCAUUAAACGAGUCACCGAUUAAUAGCAAUAUUGCAUCUUGUUACAAUAAUUCUACAUCAAUGAUCAUCAACAAUACUUAAAGGUCACGUCAAUCUAAUAUCUGGCUCAAUUGUUGGUAAGUGUCAAUCAGAAAAGCCAAAUCCAAGAUCAAAUUCUAUAAAUUAUGAUCUAUUCCUGUUAAUAUAACUUCAAUACAUUGAAGGAACAAUUCAAACUCUUUUUAAAGGUGGCUGAAGCAUCAACAAUCGAACUUAAAAUUAAAGCCAUCUAAAGUGCAACUAGAUUAGUUUCGGACUUAUUUAGAGAUGACUAAGAAAACUUUGUUGUCUUUAGGGAUCAUAACAUCCAAAAUAAGAUCCUAAAUGACAUCCUUCUUCUCUUGCAAACUGAUAGUAUGGAUUGCUUGGUGGCAACUAUUACGUUAUUGGGACAAAUGCUUUAUGGAACUACUGAUCUAUUAAGUUAAGGCAUGAUCUCCUACAUUUCUAAGGCGAUUUGUGUAACCAACAACUUUGAUAGCUUAUUGAAUGCGUUGACUUAAUUACUGAAGAUCAAUUGCUUAAGUGUUGAAAUUCUUUAGCACCUAUACUCUUAAACCAAGUAAUAAAAUAUCCUCGAAUACUAUCUUAAUUAUGUCAAGAAGAUCACAAUUGAAUAGUAACAACUCAUCCUCUAGUAAUAUUCAAUAUGGUUUUUAGAUCAAUUGAAGUUUGAAUCAAAUGAGAGACUCUUAGAGAUUUUUGUUUAUCUUCUAAAAUAGAAUCCUCAAUUCAUGUUUUAAACUUUGAUUCAUUUUCAAAUUAGAAAGGAUGUUUCAGCACUCAUCACCGUAGUCACUGAAGCAAUAGAACAGUUUAACGAGGCACAAAUAUAUCAAGUCUAAUAGAUAAUGUUCCAAAUUUACUUCUCAGUUCAAUCGUUUAAAAACUUUGAGGUGUUCCUAACUAAACUAAUUAGGCAUGUGAUCUCUUUAGAAAAUGAGUAAGAACUAUCCAAAAUGGUGGAACAAAAAGAACUGCCAUUUGCUGUUCAGAAGAUUAUCAACUUAAGUUUUCCUCUUGAUAAAUUGAAAGAAUGGCUACUCUAUUUUACAAAGCUCUUUUAAUAGACUUCAUCUCUGCGCACAGAAGCAAGUUAAAGCUUCAUGAUCUAAAUAAUUGAUUUACUUAGAGCAAUUCAAUCAUAAAGUUAGGACGAAUAGGCCAAGGAGAUAAUUGAGUAAUUCCUUACUCAAAAUGAACUAAUUCUUCAAUCACUCACAGUACAAUAGGUGCAAGUAUUUGAUUCGAUUAAAUUUUAAGAAGAUUUUUAAGUUAUCCAAGAGGAGUUGCUGCUUAAAUGGACUCAAGAACAGUAAUAGAUCAAGAUGAAUCAAUCAGAAGAAUUAUCUAAAUUAACAGAUGAAAUCAAUUAGGCUGCAGCAUAGAUGGAAGUAUCUGUUUAUAAAUUGAUGAAUAAAACCAGAAAGAUCAGAGAGAGGUGGUGUAAACUUUGGCACAAUUUAAGAAUUACUGUGUAUCGACCAAAGGAGUGCAAAUUUCAAGUGGAUGAAUAAAUUGAUCAUGAUUACCAAUUCAAUGGGAAUCCUUAUUACAUCAAUAAGAUUGAGAAGUACAUCAACAAAUGUUAUUCUCGUCCAAUAUUAAAAAUAAAGUUUAAGAAGAAUCCUGAAUUUGAGAAUGAUGUCCAAGUGCCUCUGGAGAAGAAGUAGCAGCACAAAUGCUUCUGGCUUAAAAGUCUGUACCUCAAACAAGGAGGCGUCACAAUAGGAGAGGACAAGAUAACAUUCUCCUAUUACUCCUACUCUUAAUAAGCAAACCACAUCACCUUGUUGCCACACACAAUACCAAAUCACAAGCCAUUCAAGAAAUCGUGGAAGAGGUAUCAAAUUAGAUGGCUGCACGAAAGGAUAUAUAUCAGAAAUAGAAAUGCCAUUGAAAUCAUCUUCAAGGAUGGAGAAUCAUUGUACUUGAUCUUUUAGGACUAGGGAUUAAAGGAACAGAUAAUUGAGAAGUUGAAAAUACAACCGAAACAAUGUGAUUUCAAUAAGGUUAGCAAUUUCAAGUAUUUAAUGUAUUUGAACUUUCUAUCCUGUCGAUCCUACAUAGAUUUGACCAGAUAUCCAGUGUUCCCGUGGGUUUUGAAGGGAAAUGCUUCAGAUUUCGAUGACAAUGAUAUUGCAUCAAUACAAAACGAGAUCAAUUACAGGGAUCUUUCUCUGCCAAUAGGGGCAUGUGGGACUGAGUAGAGAUUAGACUAAUUUAUUAAGAGAUUUGAAAAUGAAUAGUUUUACUAUGGAACACAUUAUUCUAGUUAAGCUUUGGUGUCCUAGUAUUUGAUCAGAUUGAGUCCAUUUACAGAAGCAGCCAUAUCUAUAUAGGAUGGUAAGUUUGACAUUCCAGAUCGACUGUUUAGGUCUAUAAUGAAGUCUUGGAUCGAUUGCAAUAAUGAGAUGGCUGAUGUGAGGGAGUUAACACCUGAGUUUUUUUAUUUGCCUGAGGCCUUCUUAAAUAUCAAUGGGUAUAAUUUCGGUAAGCUGUAAAGCAGCCAAAUAGUAAACAACGUAUUAUUACCAUUCUACUCUAAUAAGAAUGCUUUUUAUUUUGUAGCUUAGAAUAUGAUAGCAUUGGAGAGUGAGUAUGCAAUAAAGUUAAAUGAAUGGAUUGAUUUGAUUUGGGGAUACAAACAACAAGGGGCAGCUGCUGUGGAUUCAUUCAACGUAUUCUAUCCUUUAACGUACUCAAACUUCGAUGAAAAUAGCAUAGAAAUCAAUGAAUUGGCAAUGGAAACCCAAAUUGCCCACUUUGGAUAAACACCAGAGCAGAUCUUUUAUAAGCCACAUGCUCAAAAGAAUCAGAUAGUCGAUAAGACUUAGUGGCAGACAAUAAAGAAUAAAAAGUCAUAAAGCAAAUUGAUCUACUUAAUUUGUAAUAAGAGUAAAGUAGUGAGCAUUCAAGAGGACUUUACAUUAAUUUAAUGGUAGAUUGUUAAGAAUUAGUAUCAGUUUCAAUAGGAAAAAUUGGUGCAAUUGCCGAAGAUUAACUUUGAUGCAAUGAUAAAAUAUGUACAAUCACCCAUUUUGGUAUUGAUUGAAUAGUCAAUAGUGUUGUUUGGUGGAAUUAACAAUGGAACACUUACAUACUAUAGUUUAGAUAAUUUGAAGUUGUAGGGAGUGAUUGAAUUGGAAAGUGAGAUAAUCAAUAAUCAUUGUACGGUCACUGUUUUAGCAGCAAACAAGCAACAGAAUAUAGUGAUACUGGGAACCAAUAAGGGGUUUGUGUAUUACUACAAUAAAUUGCUGUAAAGCAAGUAGGACAUAAAAUAGGAGGAGGUACUUAAGGGUAAAUAUGUCAUAUAUGACACAACUUCGCAAAUAAAUUCAAUAGAAAUUUCAGAAUAGCUAACCAUCUUUUGUGUUGGGACUCAGGAUGGAACCAUAUUCUUAUAUAAUUUGUACAAUCGCACUCUCUAUAGAUUCAUCAAUCAUCCGAAGGGGUUGCCUAUCUUCUACUUAAAAUUGAGUUAUUCUCCAUUACCUUGUGUUUUGUUUAGUUCCCAUGAUGAGCGCAUUGUGGCGUAUUCUAUCAAUGGGUUCUUGUUGCAAUCACUGCAAGUCAAGGGAAACAUAGAAUACUUCGAAAUCAGGAAAUCUGCCAUAAAUACUUUGGUAUGGAAUCAAUUAUAAUUUUGUAGAUUGUCCUCACAGACAAUAACGUAUUUGAGUAUCGAUUGCCCUUUUUGGAUAGACUAUCUAUAGUGCCUGCCCAAAUUUGCACAAGGUUCGUUUAGGCAACAAAACAAAUUUCAAUUUUUGGUUGUAAAACUGGUGAUCUGCGUAUAAUUUGA